CUUCCCGUUCUCUUGUGCCGGGUCCGCAUGGCUGCAGGUACGCGCCCGGCGGCCCGACCGCGGUCCCGACCUGCCAUGGCCCAGCGGAGGAAAAAGAAGGGGCUUCGGAAGCGCCGGGACGCGGCCUCCCACGCCCGCAGCAGCGACUCGGAGGACGGCGAGUUUGAGGUCCAGGCGGAAGAUGACACCCGGGCGCAGAAGCUGGGACCUGGCCGACCCCUGCCCACCUUCCCCACCUCGGAAUGCACCUCGGACGUGGAGCCGGACACGCGGGAGAUGGUUCGAGCCCAGAACAAGAAGAAGAAGAAGUCGGGAGGCUUCCAGUCCAUGGGCUUGAGCUACCCGGUGUUCAAAGGCAUCAUGAAGAAAGGUUAUAAGGUGCCAACGCCCAUCCAGAGGAAGACCAUCCCCGUGAUCCUGGAUGGCAAAGACAUGGUGGCCAUGGCCCGGACGGGCAGUGGCAAGACAGCCUGCUUCCUUAUCCCCAUGUUUGAGCGGCUCAAGACCCGCAGUGCUCAGUCGGGGGCCCGUGCCCUCAUUCUCUCGCCCACCCGGGAGCUGGCCCUGCAGACCAUGAAGUUCACCAAGGAGCUGGGCAAGUUCACCGGCCUCAAGACUGCCCUGAUCCUGGGUGGGGACAAAAUGGAAGACCAGUUUUCAGCCCUGCAUGAAAACCCUGACAUAAUCAUUGCCACCCCUGGCCGCCUGAUGCAUGUGGCUGUGGAGAUGAACCUGAAGCUGCAGAGUGUGGAGUACGUGGUAUUUGACGAGGCUGACAGGCUCUUUGAAAUGGGGUUUGCAGAGCAGCUGCAGGAGAUCAUCAGCCGCCUCCCGGGGGGCCACCAGACGCUCCUGUUCUCGGCCACGCUGCCCAAGAUGCUGGUGGAGUUCGCCCGGGCCGGCCUCACGGAGCCCGUGCUCAUUCGGCUGGAUGUGGACGCCAAGCUCAACGAGCAGCUCAAGACCUCCUUCUUCCUGGUGCGGGAGGACACCAAGGCCGCCGUGCUCCUCCACCUGCUGCGCAGUGUGGUGCGGCCCCAGGACCAGACGGUGGUGUUUGUGGCCACGAAGCACCACGCGGAGUACCUCAGCGAGCUGCUGACGACCCAGCGGGUGAGCUGCGCCCACAUCUACAGUGCCCUGGACCAGACGGCCCGCAAGAUCAACCUGGCCAAGUUCACCCACGGCAAGUGCUCCACCCUCAUCGUGACGGACCUGGCGGCCCGGGGCCUGGACAUCCCGCUGCUGGACAACGUCAUCAACUUCAGCUUCCCAGCCAAGGGCAAGCUCUUCCUGCACCGCGUGGGUCGUGUGGCCCGGGCUGGUCGAAGUGGCACCGCCUACUCCUUGGUGGCCCCAGAUGAGGUCCCCUACCUGCUGGACCUGCACCUGUUCCUGGGCCGCGCCCUCACCCUCUCCCGCCCCCACGAGGAGCCCUCAGGUGCGGUCGGUGUGGACGGCGUGCUGGGCCGGGUGCCACAGAGCGUGGUGGACGACGAGGACUGCGGCCUGCGGAACACCCUGGAGGCGUCGCUGGAGCUGCGGGGCCUGGGCCGUGUGGCCGACAAUGCCCAGCAGCAGUACGUGCGCUCGCGGCCGGCGCCCUCGCCAGAGUCCAUCAAGCGGGCCAAGGAGCUGGACCUCGCGGGGCUGGGCCUGCACCCCCUCUUCAGCUCGCGCUUCCAGGAGGAGGAGCUGCAGCGGCUGAGGCUGGUGGACAGCAUCAAGCAGUACCGCUCGCGGGCGACCAUCUUUGAGAUCAACGCCUCCAGCCGGGACCCGAGCAGCCAGGUGAUGCGGGCCAAGCGGCAGAAGGACAGCAAGGCCAUCGCCAGCUUCCAGCAGGGGCGGCAGGAGCGGCAGGAGGGCCUGGCUAGCACAGCCCGAAGCUGCCCAGCACGGCAGGCGGAGCAGCCUGGGAAGGAGGAGGAAGAGGAGGCGGGAGAGAGUGUGGAGGACGUCUUCACAGAGGUCGUGGGCCGGAAGCGGCAGCAGCCAGGGCCUGAGCGGGGAGCCAAGAGGCGGAAGGAGGAGGCCCGGCAGCGGGACCAGGAUUUCUAUGUCCCCUAUCGGCCCAAGGACUUCGACAGUGAACGGGGCCUGAGCGUUGGUGGGGACGGGGGCGCCUUUGAGCAGCAGGUGGCUGGCGCUGUCCUGGACCUGAUGGGGGACGAGGCCCAGAACCUGACCAGGGGCCGGCAGCAGCUCAAGUGGGACCGGAAGAAGAAGCGGUUUGUGGGACAGUCCGGACAGGAGGACAAGAAGAAGAUCAAGACAGAAAGUGGUCGCUACAUCAGCAGCUCCUACAAGCGCGACCUCUACCAGAAGUGGAAGCAGAAACAGAAGAUCGACGACCGCGACUCGGAGGAGGAAGGGCCAUCGGACCGGCGAGGCCCAGAGCGAAGAGGCUGGAAGCGGGGCCGAGGCCAAGGUACCUCCCAGCCGCGCACCUCAGGCCCCCCCGCCGGCCGCGUGCGCUCAGAGCUCAAGACCAAGCAGCAGAUCCUGAAGCAGAGGCGCCAAGCCCAGAAGAUGCGCUUCCUGCAGCGCGGGGGCCUCAAGCAGCUCUCUGCCCGCAACCGGCGCCACGCCCGGGAGCUGCAGCAGGGCGCCUUCGGCCGGGGCGCGCCCGCCAAGAAGGGCAAGAUGAGGAAGAGGAUGUAAAGAGGAUGGCCCAGCCCCGGCUCCUCCAGGCUCCAAGUGUGAACACCAGCACAUGCUCCUGCGCGCCGCUAUGUGCCUGGCCCCGUGCAGGGCGUUGGGGAGCUCCCUGCAGAACCGCCGCCCAUGAGGAGUGCUGCAGGCCCCAGGGCAGCAGCUGCUCUGCUGACCCAGGGACGUGUGUGCAAGGUCUUGAAGGGUGCAUAGGAGUUUGCGCCCUGAAUUGGCGACUCGGCUCCUGCUGCUUCUGUGUGCUCUGGGUUCAGAGGUGGUGGUCACACAGGUCUGAGCCGUGAGUGCCGAAGGCCCAGUGAUGUAUCUUUAAGGUAAUAAACCUUUCUUGAGCACCUCUGGUGGGCCAGGAGUGCCGUCCACUCUAGGAGUUGGAAGGGACAGGCCCAGGCACUGAAAUCCCAGCUAGCGCGCCGGGUGAGUUGAGAGCGUGUGGGCAAGUCCCGUGGGAUCCCCCGGGGACCCCCUGAGGUUGGGUGCUGUUGGUGUCCCCAGUUUGCAGAGGAAAAUGAGGCUCAGAGGAUGAGUUAGCUGUCGAAGGUGGGAGAACCCCAAAGCUGACAGUCGGUCCCCUUCCUCCUGCUGGGCCAGCCUCGCAGCUGGGAGGGAGGGGUGGGGGGUGACACAACAGGAUGCAGGGUCUGGGCAGGGGCACAGCUGCUCCUCUGGCUGUGAAGGGGUUCACCCUGCCCCACCACACACCAAGCGGGCAGGACUGGCCAGGCCUCUGUCCUGCCCGAGGCCUGUGCUCCCGGGCCCGACUGGGUCCUGGAAGGUCAAGGGGAGCCUCCAGCAGCUGCAUAUCAAGCCGGGGAGGGGUCUUGUGAGCAGGUGCCUGGGAGUGGGUUUCGGCUCCUGAGACCCUCUUGCUGGUCCUAUUGAUUUUACUUGACUUAACCCAACACUCCCCUGGAAUUUACCAGCAUUUGCACCAGGCCCCAUUACAAGCACCUGGCAAAUACCUGCUUUUUAAUGCCCC